AAAAUAACAAUCCGGACAUGGAAGAAGUCUCCAGGGAGAAGGAAGGAGGGCCUUGGAAGCAAGCACAGGUGGGAAAUGGUAAAGAGCCACAGGAAGAGGCACAGUCAGAAGCAGCUUUUCCUCUGGAAGACAAAGAAACGUCAGAGAGCCAGGCAAAGGCAGGAGAUGAGGGGGUGCUGCCAAGGCGCCAAGGGCAGCCAGAGCCCCAGAGAAGGGCAAAGCAGGAAGGAGGGCCAGAGAGACAGGGAAAGCCAGAAUUUAGUAAAGGGAGCCCUGCUGUAAAGCGCCCAGCUGAGGACCACCUGCCCAGAAAAGCCAAAAGGAAAACCAACAAGGGGCUGGCCCACCGCAUCAAGCAAUAUAAGGAGGCCAUUCACGAUCUGCACUUCAGCAACGAGGACAUGAUCAGAGAAUUUGACAACAUGGCCAGGGUAAAGGAGGAUGAAAAGAACAAGCAGAAGAUGGCACAGAUCUUCUGGAUGCAAAGAAGUUUGCAGGACCCUUUCUACCCAAGGGGCCCAAGGGAAUUCAGGGGUGGCUGCAGGGCACCUCGCAGGGACAUCGAAGACAUCCCUUAUGUUUAGUUCCCCUUGGGCACUCAUAGGGCAUAGUGCUCUAACCUUAUGCAGCUGCUUUGAUUUAGGCCUUCCCCAUGUAAGCUGCAGCCUGUUUGACCCCACUCCCUGCUGUGUUCUGAUCCCAGUGUAGUUGAUUUCCCUUCACUGCAUGGGAAGAUAUUCAGAGUGCACUGUCAAUCCCAAGUACAUAAGCCACAGAACCCUCUAUUUGGCAUCAGCCCACUUUUGUGAAACUGCAACAGAGUAAUCUGCAUGGAGAAAACGAGUCUGGGAAUUACUUGUGUCGUUCUUUAUUGUUCUGUCAACAGUUUAUUGUCUCCUAAGGUGACUG